AACAAAAAGCAUGUGGUUUUAAAUAAUCUCCACUGAUGUUUUAUCAUUUUUAAUCAAAUGUGUGCAGCAUGUGAACUUGUUUGACAUAUUUAUUCAUUCUUUUUUUAACCCUCUGGAGGCAGGCGUUGCAUAUUUGCAACAGUUAAAACCUACCUACCUGGUUACUCCACAUACGUGUUUCAUGAGCAUUUUUUUACUGAGAAGUACCCCUGAAGGACUUAGGUGUUCAUCCUUUUAUCACAACUUAUUUAGAGCCUGAGAGGGUUAAACAUAAACAUAAAUGACCACUAGAGGGCGCUAAACAAAGCACCGAGUUCUCUGAGAACGACUAGGGAAAGGAGGAGGCCAUUCACUAGCCUGUUAGCUUCUGUUAGCUCGCUGGCGGCUAACGAGCAAGCUAAAACACCAGUUUGGCUUCAUGUCGUCUGUCCUAUCAAGAGAUGGCGAGAGAACAGUAUUCACAAACCGAAGCUGAACUUUAUUACCUCAUUGCCCGAUUUCUUCAGUCUGGACCUUGUAAAAAAGCUGCACAGAUUCUGAUUGAGGAGCUGGAAGAGUAUGAGUUGAUACCGCAACGAUGGAGUUGGGACGGGGAGAAAUACAAACGGACCUUUCAAGACUGGGUGAUUUUGAAUCAGCACAUUCCUGCGGACUAUCUGCUUCUGGUUUGUCAGCGGAUUGGUCCGCUCAUAGAAAAGGAGAUCCCACCCAGCGUUCCUGGAGUCCAAACGCUGCUGGGUCUGGGAAGACAGUCGCUGCUUCGCACCUCUAAAAGUUGCACUUACAAAGUUUGCAGUGGCUCAGCUGUUGUUGCACUCCACCGAGGACGCCCACCUGAACCUCCUGUCAGUCAUGGAAGUGGUCCUAAUGUUGUGCCCAUCAUGGGCGCUCGCCAGGCCACAGGUACGUCUCGAUUUGGCCAGACCCUUCCGUCGUCCUCCUACCAACAGAUGAAGAUACACAAACGCAUCCUUGGUCACCUUUCUUCGGUCUACUGUGUAGCUUUUGACCGCACGGGUCGACGCAUAUUCACAGGUUCUGAUGAUUGUCUGGUGAAAAUCUGGGCCACAGAUGAUGGACGGCUCCUGGCAACACUCCGCGGCCACUCAGCGGAGAUCUGUGACAUUACUGUGAACUAUGAGAAUAGUCUCAUUGCUUCAGCCAGCUGUGACAAAGUCAUCAGAGUGUGGUGCCUGCGCACGUGUGCACCCGUCGCUGUUCUACAGGCCCAUGCCUCCUCCAUAACAUCCAUACAGUUCUGUCCUGUAGCCAAAGGCACAACACGAUACCUUGCCUCUACAGGUGCAGAUGGCAUGGUGUGCUUCUGGAGGUGGCACUCCCUCAGUUUGAAAUUCAAUGAUCAACCGGUCAAGUUUGUUGAGCGGUCACGCCCCGGAGUUCAAGUCUCCACGUCCUCCUUCAGCAGUGGUGGUAUGUUUAUGACUACUGGUGGCACGGAUCACAUGAUUAGAGUCUACUACCUCGGCGCUGAAACUCCGAUGAAGGUCUCCGAGUUGGACGCUCACACUGAUAAAGUUGUGGUUGUCCAGUUUAGCAACAACAGUGACAGCCUGAGGUUUGUGAGUGGCAGCCGAGACGGAAUAGCAAAGAUCUGGCAUUACCAGCAACAAGAGUGGAAGAGCGUUAUUUUAGACAUGACUACGAGGCUUCCCGGGAGUUCUAUCACUAAUGGGGAUGAUAAAGUCAAGCUGGUGGUGACCAUGGUAGCGUGGGAUCGCACCGACAGCACCGUCAUCACAGCUGUGUCAAACUACCUGCUCAAAGUGUGGAGCGCAACAUCUGGACAGCUGUUGCAUGUUUUGUCUGGGCAUGAUGAUGAGGUGUUUGUGCUGGAGACCCACCCCUUCGACCCCCGCAUCAUGAUGUCUGCUGGGCAUGAUGGCAACAUUUACAUUUGGGACCUGAGCAAAGGAGUCAAGAUCCGCAAUUUCUUCAACAUGAUUGAAGGCCAGGGCCACGGUGCUAUUUUUGACUGCAAGUUCUCAGCUGAUGGGCAGCAUUUUGCCUGCACCGACUCACAUGGACAUUUACUUGUUUUUGGCUUUGGCUGCAGCAAAGCCUACGAAAAGAUUCCUGACCAGAUGUUUUUCCACACGGACUACCGACCUCUCAUCCGUGACUCUAACAACUACGUCCUGGAUGAGCAGACACAGCAGGCCCCCCACCUCAUGCCCCCGCCCUUCCUCGUGGAUGUUGAUGGGAAUCCCCAUCCUCCUCACUACCAGCGUUUGGUUCCAGGGAGAGAGAACUGCAAGGAGGACCAGCUGAUACCUCAGCUGGGAUACAUAGCUAACAGUGAUGGAGAGUUGGUUGAGCAGGUACUUGGCCAACAAACAGCAGAAAAUGGCGAAAGCCUGUUGGACAAUCUCAUCAGGCAGCUACAGACUGAGCAGGAUGAACGGCAGAAUCCAGAGCAGCCUCCUGAGGAGGCACAAGCUGCUGAAGAAGAGGUGGUGCCCUCAUCUCCGGCUGCUGAACCUCGCAGGAGCGGGCAGGUGGGCGGGGUGUGGCAGAUGCAGCACAAUUCUCUACGUAGUCAAGUGGCCACAGAGAGAGACCUGCUGGCCUGGAGCCGCAGAGUGGUGGUAAAUGAGGUCCCACAAGGGACGUUCAGAGUUUUGGAGGAAUCCAGACAAGCCAAAGGUGACAUGGAGUGUUCUCUUUACAACAUGGAGAGGAGGAGGAAACCUCUGACCUGCACACCCAAGAGCGACCCUCUUGCAUCUCGCCUGCGUUCCCUGCGGCCCACCAAGAAAAAGCAGCAGCGCCACGCCUAUCAGACUCGAUCAGCGCAAGUCCGCCGACCCGCAACGAGGAGUCGACAUCCAAGCAACAGGCGUAACUCGGAGAGCCAGAACGACUCGGACAGCGGAGAUGCAGCAGAACAGAUGGAACAGUCUAAUGCCACAUCUGAAGAAGAAGCUCAGUGGCAAAGUGAAAGCAGCUCCAGUGACUCGUCCAGUGAAUAUUCCGAUUGGACUGCAGACGCCGGGAUCAACCUGCAGCCACCAAAGCGACCAACCAGGAGACCCGUACAGCCUGCAGGUUACAGCAGCUCUGAGGAGGAGGAGGAGGAGGAGGAGGGUGGUGAUGACAAAAAAGAGGCGAAGAAGAGAGAAAAUGAGAAGAAGAAAAAGCCAAAAGAGACCAAACAGAAACCCACAUCUUCUCUGGAUGGACUCAACGCCGAGGAGUGGAUGCCGCCGUCAUGGAUAAUGGAGACCAUCCCACGCCGAUCUCCUUUUGUGCCCCAGAUGGGAGACGAGCUCAUCUACUUUAAACAAGGCCAUCAGGCGUACGUGAGGGCUGUCCGAAGAGCCAAGGCUUACAGCAUCAACCCUCAAAAGCAGCCGUGGAACAGACUCAACCUCAGGGACCAGGAAUCGGUGAAAGUGGUUGGAAUUAAAUAUGAAGUGGGACCGCCCACCCUCUGCUGCCUAAAGCUGGCCUUUUUGGACCCAGUCUCAGGGAAAAUGACCAACGAGUCUUUCUCCUUAAAGUAUCAUGACAUGCCCGAUGUCAUCGACUUUCUGGUUCUGCAGCAAUUUUACAACGAGGCCAAAGAGCAAAACUGGCAGCCAGGUAUGAGGUUUCGCAGCAUUAUUGAUGACGCCUGGUGGUUUGGAUCUGUGGAGGAUCAGGAGCCACUGCAGCCUGAGUAUCCAGACAGCCUGUUUCAGUGCUACUCAGUGAAGUGGGAUAAUGGCGAGCGGGAGAGAAUGAGUCCCUGGGACAUGGAGCCAAUUCCAGAGGAAGCUGCCCUGCCAGAACAAGUCGGCGACGGAGUUGAGGUGUUCGAGGACGAGCUCCAAGCUCAGCUCUACAGACCUCAGGAAGGAGAGUGGGGUGCUCACACACGAGAGGAAGAAUGUCAAAGAGUCGUCUGUGGCAUCGAUCAGCUUCUCACACUAGAUGUUGCCAAGGCGUUUGCAUCACCAGUAAACCUACAACAGUACCCGCUGUACUGUACUGUGGUGGCUUACCCCACCGACCUCAGCACCGUCCGCAGACGUCUGGAGAACCACUUUUACAGGAGGAUCUCUGCUUUAAUGUGGGAGGUGCGGUACAUUGAGCACAAUGCUCGUACUUUCAAUGAACCCCAAAGCCCGAUUGUAGCAGCUGCCAAGGUGGUCACUGAUGUUCUUCUCCACUAUAUUGGAGACCAGAGCUGCACAGACAUCCUGGACUUGUAUCAAAGACUGAAAUCAGAGAUCAGUAGUGGAGAAGAAGUUGAGGUUGACUUAGAUGUGGACUUUGACACUCCGGGGACAUCUUCAGGACACCGGGGAGCCAACCCAAAAUCCAAAACCCGAGGCGUUUCUAUGGAUGCAAAAGCAUGGCGGGGUCAAUGCCGGGAGCUGCUGCGUCGAAUGUUCUCCUCAACAGACUCCGCCCCAUUCAGACAGCCGGUGGAUCUCUUCGAGUAUCCAGAUUAUCGAGACAUCAUCGACACGCCCAUGGAUCUGGGCACGGUGUCGGAGACCCUUGUGGCUGGGAAUUACGAAAAUCCCAUGGAGUUUGCCAAAGAUGUCCGCCUCAUUUUCAGCAACUCUAAAGCUUACACUCCUAACAAGAAAUCACAGAUCUUUUCCAUGACCCUCAGCUUGUCGGCCUUCUUUGAAAAACACAUCAUCUCCAUCAUCUCCGACUACAAGUCUGCCGUUCAGAACGAGCGUCGGAAUCGCCAGAGACUUUCUUACAGGAGCAGAUUGCACAAUGGGGGCAGCUCCCCACCUACGGAUUCGUCACUCGGUCCUAAAGGGAAGCACAAAUCAGGGAAGGGAAAGUCCCAGACCUCAAAGAGGCCUUCUCAGGCUCAGCAAAGCAGUGAUGUAGCAGAGGAAGCGGAAACCCCACCUUCCUCCUCAAGUUCAGAGGCAGCCAUAGAGGAGAUCAAUGAAGGGUCUCACCGGGCGACUCGCAGCCUUGCAACCCCUGUGAAGAAAUCAGGGCACCGGCGUAACUUGCAUCUUAACAUCGGCUCCAAGCAGCAUCAUGAGGAAGAAUCACCGCAGUCUGAUGACGACGAUGAGAAAGCUUCUGGUUCCAACAGCUCCUCGUCGGAGUCCUCAUCUUCAUCAUCGAGUUCUUCUUCCUCUUCAUCUGACAGUGAGAGCAGCCCUGAUUCUGAGGCAGAGGAGUACGUGGAGGGAGGAGACCACGACUACAGCAAAGCCCCCUGCCUAACGCUGCGCCUCUCAGCCAAAGGAAACGUGUUCACCUCUGUGAAGAGGAAACUCAAGGGAGGUCCAGAUAUGACACAGGGACCCAAACGGGCUCGGGUGCAGCUGCCAGAGCAGGAGGAGGAGGAAGAGGAAGAGGAGGAGGAAGAUGAAGAUGCAGAUGCAGAGGAGGAGGAUGAAGAGGAGGAGGGAGAGGAGGAAGAAGAGAAGGAGCAGCCACAACAGAUUCAUGUAAGACAUGUGCAGGAAGAAGGAGAGGAUGAUGAUGACGAUGAAGAGGAGCCUGAGGAGGAGGAGCCUGAGGAAGAAGAAGAGGAGGAAAUCAUGGAGGUACGGAGAAGACCAGCAUCAAACUGUCCUAAAGGGAAUCGGUGCAGACCUGGUCGGGUCAACACACGGAACCAGGGCCGCAGGACAGUCACGUACCAAGACGAGUCUGAGGACGACGGCCACGGGUCAAAGGAUGACCCCCUAAACCUGGGCAGGUCCCGAUCCGGUCGAGUUCGCCGUAUGACGGAGAAGGCCCGGGUCAGCCACCUCAUGGGCUGGAGUCACUGACACAUCGCUCCUUUUCAGCCCUCAAACAUAAACUCUAACCAGAGAGAAACAUCAGGGAUUUUUUUGUGUACAAGUGUAAAUAUAAAAUCUAAAUAUAUGUUUUUCUCUGUCUGAGAUUGCUAACAAACCUCAUACUGAUCGCUGGUGCUCGUUAACUGUUGCCACGGAUCGUCCUCGUCUGUUGAACAGAGCUGCUGCUGUCCCACUCAGACCCUCUGGACUAACUCACCUCAGCCUUACUGGAACCACGCUGACCCAGAACUGCUCCUCCUCCUCCUCCUCCUCGGUUCUUUACCGUACAACACUACAUACUUCAUCCCUCCCUCGACUUUUCUGAAUAGUCACCAAAGAAGGAUGCCAAACACAUGGUGGUCACAUUGUCGACUUAAAUCAUCAAUAAUUCAGCGAGACUUCAAAUGGUCAGCAUCAGCAACCUGGUGAAUAAUCACCUCUGGUAUCUGAUGUCAGCCCAUCUUCGAGGCUGUUGUUUAGCCUCGCUACAGCAGCUGACGUUAGCUUUUAGAGCUCACAUGUGGUGGGGUCUGGUGAUUAGCAAUACUUGAAGGACUUCAGUAAAGUAAACCAUAAUUAUAUUAUUUUUGACACUUUUGGACAAUGAAUGUUUGUUUUCCGGGCUCUCUUUUUCUGAGCAUCAUAUUUUGGAUAAUUUUCUAUUACAACUGGGUGCUUUUUUUUUAUUAUCUUUUUCUAAAUUAAGAGCUUUUUUGUUUUUGGGUGAAAAACCACUGCAUCCUCGUGGUGUUGGUACUCUAACCUGCUCCUUUUUACAGUUGCUCCUCCUCCUCGCUGUGUUCACCUAAAACUCUUCCACUUGAUAAUAUUUAUUACUUUUUUCUAGUGUGAGAUUUUUGUUUAAGUGUGUGUCAGUGGUGAUGAGGAAAUAUAUUUGCACAUUUAUCUCCUCCACACGGCAGCUGAUUAAUAAAUAUGGAGAUAUGAGAUGAAACCUCAUGCUUUUUACUUUUAAACAUGCUAGCAAACUUUUAGUUUUUUUUUAUUUUCUAUUUUGCUGUUUGAGCCAUUUUUGUUUGUUUUCUGCGUAUUUGAGGGGAAAAAAGGCACAUUUUAUUUUCUCUGUGUUUUAAACCAUUGAGGGACUGAUGUGUUUCUAACAUUGAGUAGAUCAGAUACCAUCUGAUAUAUAUAAAUAUACACACAUAUGUGUUUCAUGUGCCAUCAGAAUUAAACACUCUUUUCUUUUUUUUUUUUUCUUCUGGUGUUUACAUGAAAUCUUGUGCUGUCAAAACUUUUCUGGUCUGAAGAUGACCAGAAAAGAUGCCGCGUAUUUUUUUUUUCAACACCAGGCGAUUGAUUCCAAAAGCACCUUUUUGUCCCCUUGCAUAAGAGACUUUUUAAACCUUUUUUUACAGUAUUGUUUUAAUCAAGUUCUUAGAAAUGAAACACACAUUGGUGUCACUCGUAGGGUGUUUUCUAGCUGCAUUAACUGGUGUUUUGGGAUUAUUGUGACUGAGUGCAAGAUGACUUUUUUUUUAGUCUUAUUUUCAUAAGGUAUGGGUUCAGAUGAGAUGAGGGAAAAUACAGUCUGACAUAGGUGGACAAGUCGUUUUUAUAUGAAAUGUUUGGAUUGUAUGUUCCAUUUUUUAAAAUAAAAAAUAGAAUUUCA